CCCGGUCCGGGCGCGGCCCCCGAAGGCCUUGGACUCCAUGGCGGCGCCCCCGGCCUCCGCGGAGGACGCCCCUGGUUCGCGCCCGGAGUCCCCCGCGACUGGGGCCGGGCCCGAGACGCCUGCGGUGAAGAGCGAGAGCGCGGACCAGGACCGCAGCAAUGCUGAGUCCCUGGACAGACUCCUACCACCCCUGGGCACGGGCCGCUCUCCCCGGAAGCGUACCACCAGCCAGUGCAAGUCGGAGCCCCCGUUGUUGCGCACGAGAAAACGCACCAUCUACACGGCAGGCCGACCGCCUUGGUACAAUGAGCAUGGCACCCAGUCCAAGGAGGCUUUCGUCAUCGGCUUGGGAGGUGGCAGCGCGUCUGGGAAGACCACAGUGGCCAGGAUGAUCAUUGAGGCCUUGGAUGUGCCCUGGGUGGUGCUGCUGUCCAUGGACUCCUUCUACAAGGUACUAACGAAGCAGCAGCAGGAACAGGCUGCCCAGAAUAACUUUAACUUCGACCACCCGGAUGCCUUCGACUUCGACCUCAUCGUAUCCACACUCAAGAAGCUGAAGCAGGGCAAGAGCGUCCAGGUGCCCAUCUACGACUUCACCAGCCACAGCCGCAAGAAGGACUGGAAAACGCUGUAUGGAGCGAAUGUCAUCAUCUUCGAGGGUAUCAUGGCCUUUGCCGACAAGACAUUAUUGGAGCUCCUGGACAUGAAGAUCUUUGUGGACACGGACUCUGACAUCCGGCUAGUACGACGGCUGCGCCGGGACAUCAGCGAGCGUGGCCGGGACAUCGAGGGGGUCAUCAAGCAGUACAACAAGUUCGUCAAGCCCGCCUUUGACCAGUACAUCCAGCCCACCAUGCGGGUGGCUGACAUCGUGGUGCCCCGGGGGAGUGGGAACACGGUGGCCAUCGACCUGAUUGUUCAGCACGUGCACAGCCAGCUGGAGGAGCGUGAACUCAGCGUCAGAGCCGCGCUGGCCUCGGCACACCAAUGCCACCCGCUGCCACGCACGCUGAGUGUCCUCAAGAGCACGCCACAAGUGCGGGGCAUGCACACCAUCAUCCGGGACAAGGAGACCAGCCGUGACGAGUUCAUCUUCUAUUCCAAGAGGCUCAUGCGGCUGCUCAUCGAGCACGCGCUCUCCUUCCUGCCCUUCCAGGAUUGCGUGGUGCAGACGCCGCAGGGGCAGGACUAUGCGGGCAAGUGCUAUGCAGGCAAGCAGAUCACGGGGGUGUCCAUUCUGCGUGCCGGGGAGACCAUGGAGCCCGCCUUGCGCGCCGUGUGCAAAGACGUGCGCAUUGGCACCAUCCUCAUCCAGACCAACCAGCUCACGGGGGAGCCCGAGCUCCACUACCUGCGGCUGCCCAAGGAUAUCCGCGAUGACCAUGUGAUCCUGAUGGACUGCACCGUGUCCACAGGCGCUGCGGCCAUGAUGGCAGUGCGGGUGUUGCUGGACCACGACGUGCCCGAGGACAAGAUCUUCCUGCUGUCCCUGCUCAUGGCAGAGAUGGGCGUCCACUCCGUGGCCUACGCCUUCCCCCGAGUGCGCAUCAUCACCACGGCUGUGGACAAGCGCGUCAACGACCUGUUCCGCAUCAUCCCUGGCAUAGGGAACUUCGGAGACCGCUACUUCGGGACUGACGCAGCGCCCGACGGCAGCGACGAGGAGGAAGCGGUGCCCGCGAGCUAGGAGUGACCCUCCAAACAACGCUGCCCCCAGAAGUGACUCAAUAAAAGCUGUUGCCGAUA